UCAUCCAUUUCACCUUCCUUGAAACUUGAAACUCCAAUGCAAUAAUGAACUCCACGGCCGCAUCGGCUCCCCCCGUCGACUCCGACGACAUAAUCUUUGAAUUGGCCGGAGCCAUUUGCAUUUACCGGAGCGGCCGCGUGGAGCGCCUCAGGCCCGACGAGUUUGUCCCCCCGUCCCGCGAUCCAACAACCGGCGUACAAUCCAAAGACAUCACCAUCAAUCCGACCAACGGCCUCUCCGUCCGCCUCUACCUCCCGCCCUCCGCCACCAGCAUCCCCAAAAAGCUCCCUGUCCUCCUCACCAUCCACGGCGGCGGUUUCUGCCUCAUCCGCUCCUCGUCCUCCAUCUACCACAACUACAUCAACUCCCUCACCGCCAAAGCCGGCAUCCUCUCCGUCUCAGUAGACUACCGCCUCGCGCCUGAGAACCCGCUCCCCGCCGCCUACGACGACUGCUGGGAGGCGUUGGAAUGGAUUUUAGCGGCCGAAGACCCUUGGCUAUCCAAGUUUGGGGAUUUGGAGAAAGUCUUCAUCGCCGGAGAAAGCGCGGGGGGAAACAUAGCGCACAACGUGGGAAUGAGAGUUGGGAGAGAGGGGAAGAAGGUGGAAGGGUUGGUGAUGGUGCAUUCUUUCUUUUGGGGGAAGGACAGGAUUGGAAAUGAGGAGCUAGAAUCGGGGAAGGGGAAAAACCAGAAGGUGGAGGAUGCCAAUGCGCUGUGGCUGACUGUGUUUCCGGGGGCGACGGGGCUUGAUGACUCGCGGAUCAAUCCGGCGGCGGAGGGGGCGCCAAGCCUGGCGACUUUGGGGUGCCGCAGAGUGUUGGUGUGCAUUGCCGAGCUGGAUCUGUUGAGGGAGAGGGGGAGGGUUUACUACGAGAAGUUGAAGGAAAGCGGGUGGGAAGGGGAGGCGGAGCUUUUGGAAUCGAAGGGGGAGGAUCAUUGUUUCUUCAUUAUUGAGCCUGGGAGCUUGAAGGCGGAGGAGUUCAUGGAGCGUAUGGCGAGCUUCUUCAACAAGUACUCUUGAUUCUACAGUCUUUUCAGCUAUAGUAAUAUAGGCGUCUGAACUAUUUGUGUUGGCUUGUACUAUACUGUCUAUAUAACUCUAUAUAUCGCAAUCUUUUCUUGGAAUAUUUCAGAUUGUAGAAUGCAAGUGCGAGUUAAUUGCACCUUUUUGUUUAAUCCUGCUAUGAGAUAUGUUCUCUCGGUUAAGUUCUAUAAAAGUGCCGCUAUAAACUGUUCAG